AUGGUGCCCACGUCCUCCGUCACUCACUCACUCUACGACAAUGUAAGGCCACAUGUGGUUCGAAAGGCCAGAGACACCAUCCAGCUACUGGGCUGGGAGACACUACCCCCAUCCACCAUACUCCCCAGACCUCACACCAACAGAUUACUACCUUUUCCAUUUCCUGGGCAACCAUCUUCGUGGGAAAUCCUUCAACAACUGGACAGACCUCAAAAAGGCCUCACAGACUUCUCUGCCUCUAAGACUCCUGAGUUUUACUGCAAUUGCAUCACACAGCUAGCCACUUGUUGGCAAAAGGCAGUGGAUGCGGAUGGUGAUUACUUUGAGAAUUAG